GCAGAAGCCCAACAUCGCGUUCCCCAACUCCGUGCCGAUCUAGCCUGCCCCAUCCAGUCAACAAAUUAAUCCAUGUACUAAUACCGAGACCCCCGCAAGAAUGGAGACCGAAUCGCCUCUCUCGACACCGCAGCCUGGCCUGGCCACCCAGAGCGACGCCUCCCCCUCAACCGAUCGGAGAAAAUCUGGGCGCGUGACGCGCAGACCCGAACUCUACUCACAAAGCUACAGCGCCAGCAACGGCGCGACAACCACCAGCGGAGCCAAACGUAAGCGGACCGCGACCGGCGACAACAACGAUGAAGAUGAGGAAGGUGAUCAGAGUGACGACCACGCAUCGGAAUCCGACAGCGUGGAAUCCGCCGAUGAAGAGCCCGAUGAGGAAGAACUGAGAGAGAAGAAGCGCGCCGCGCGCAAGGCAUCCACGAAAAAGCAGCCCGCCGGCUCUUCGUCAAAGUCGAAGUCAAACAAGUCCCGGUCGGCCCGGUCGGCCAAGAAACCCAAGGUCGCCGCUGCUGCUGCUGGUAAUGGCAUCGGCCGUCAGUUGGCCUUGCGACCGGCCGCGAAUGGGAAGCGGCCGACGGCACGGCCCAAGCAGAUGAAAGCGCGGUUGACCAUGGCUGCUCGACAAGGCGGCCUCUACGCGGAGAUUUAUGGAAAGGGCCGCAAUGUGGAAACCGUCGCUGCGGAGUGGCUGACCCAGUACCAGGAGGAUCAGUCGGAAGCCGUGUCUGAAUUGGUUAAUAUGAUUCUGAGGUGCUCGGGAACUGAUGUCGAGGUUGAUUCUGAUGAUGUCGAGGACGUCGACAAUGUACCGACUCGUGUCGAAGACUUGGCCAACCAAUACGAUGCUUCUGGAAUUUCCGAAUACCCUCUCAUCUCAAGAUCCAGGAAACUAAGGUCUUUCCAACCUGUUCUCGAAAGCUUCUUCAUCACUCUGAUCCAGACACUCCAUCACUCCUCAGUCUUCUAUACCGACCCGAACUUAUACGAAAAUCUGCUGGUCUGGAUUGCCGGAUUCUCCACCAGCAGGUGCCGGCCAUUCAGACAUACGUCCACCAUUAUCGCCCUGGCAAUCAUGAACGCCCUCUGUGACCUCGCGCGUGAGAUCACAACUUUGGUGUCAACAUCUCGCAAGCAGCUUGAGGGUGAGAAGAAAAAGAAGAACGUGAACAAAGGAAGGGCCGAUGCUAUCGCAUCAGCUAUCGAAGAGAAUGAACAGAAGCUCGAGACGAUCGACAAUGCUCUGAAAGAUGGCGUGGACGUCAUCUUCGUGCAUCGCUACCGGGAUGUUGACCCCCUGAUUCGAACAGAAUGCAUGAUAUCAUUAGGACGGUGGAUGCGCACCUAUCGAGAAUUCUUCUUCGAAGGCCAGUUUCAACGCUAUUUUGGCUGGAUCCUCGCGGACAGCGCUCCUCAGGCGCGCCUCGCUACAGUCAACCAAUUACGCGACCUCUAUGCAAACAGAGACAAUGUCGCAGGGCUCCGCACGUUCACCGAGCGUUAUCGGCCACGGUUGGUUGAAAUGGCCGCCCAUGACGCAGAUAUCACAGUGCGCGCCUCGGUGAUAGAGUUGCUCGACAUCAUGCGCGAUAUCGGGCUGAUUGAGCCUGCCGACAUCGACACCGUUGGUAAACUCGUCUUCGAUAAUGAAGCGCGAGUCCGUAAGGCAGCCGGUCGUUUCUUUGUCGCCAACGUCGAGGACGUUUUCGACUCUACAUUGGAAGAACUUGGCGAAGACGUGAACGAAAUAUUCGGUGACGAGGAUGAAGACGAUUUCGAAUCCCCGAAGCGUUCCUGGAUCAAGUUCAAGUGUCUGGCCGACAUACUCCAAGCCUACGACGGUCUGGAGAACGAAGAGCAUCCAGAAGAUUCCUCAGUGCCCCCGCGGGAUGCGCUCUUGGGAGCCUCAAUGGAUACCCGAUUUGUUCUGGCCACGGAGGCUAUCUAUCCUCAUCUUGAUGAACUCUCUCACUGGCAAUCUCUUGCCGGAUAUCUCCUCUACGAUCACUCCCAAAUUUCUGACGAUGCCACGGAGGACGACACUGCUGCUUCGGUCCGCCAAGCUUACAAGAUGCAGGAAGGCCAGGAAGUGAUUCUUCUUGAGGUUCUGUGCUGUGCCGUGAAAUUGCGCGUACUUGACAUUGCGAAGUCCGACAUCGAUAAAAGAGGCCGGAAGGUCAAGGCCCUGACCGACAAGCUCCCCGAACUGCAGGAGGAGAUUGCACACAGUCUUGCGCAGAUCAUUCCGCAGCUUCUGAAUAAGUUCGGCUCGGUACCGGAGGCUGCCUCUGCCGUUCUCAGACUUGAGCACCUCGUGGAUCUUGGCAAGAUCGAAGAUAUCCAGAAAGAUGCCGCUGCUUAUACCUCCCUGCUGAACGACAUUAACAAGCAGUUCCUCACCCAUUCAGAUCGCGAUGUCUUGGCCGAAGCCAGCGUUGCAUUCUUGCACGCAAAGAGCUCGGAUGACAUGCGUGAGGCACUGGAAGGCAAGGUGCAAGAGCUCUGGGACCAUAUGAUUGACACCCUGGGUGCAUUGUCUCGGAAGAAGGAGAUUGCAGAGGGAGGCUUGAUACCUCCGGCCACUCUCAACGAACUCAUCAACACGGUAACCAGAAUCUCGAACCUGGCUAGUAUAAUCGACUGCACGCACGUUUUGGAGACAAUGCCAUCUACACGGACUAAGGGAAAGAGUAAGGACUUUUCGGAAGCACCGUUUAACACUUUCUUGCAUCUUGUCGAGCGUGGCCUCCGUGCAGAAGAAGACGAUGAAGAGCUGGUCAAGGCGGAGACGGAACUGGUGACCAACGCCAUGAGGACGCUACUUUUCUACUUCAUGUGGAAGGUUCAGUCGUUGAUCUCAGCUCUCAAUGCCGGCAAAGCGUCAUUCAACACUGCGUUCUUCGAAGCGCUGACCAAAGGCCGCGAAAUGUUCGUUGCAGCCUUGACUGCUAUCAUGAAGCACCGCUCGGGUCUAGAUGAUAUCCGCUUCUGUGCAGCCACGACGCUCCUAGACCUACAGACUCUCUUCGGCACCCUCCGCCAUGCUGGACUAGGCGCAGGCAACGACGAAGAUACCAUCUUCCAGACACAGAGCUUGGUCCACGAGAUCGGACCCGAGCCCAAGGCCCUGAUUACCAGGAUCCACGGCAUAGCGGAGCGGACCUAUGCCAAGAAGCUCCGCAUUCCGCUCGAACCCGCCGACGAUGACGCUCCAUUGUCUGAUGACGAUAUCCAAAAAGCGCCGGUGGAUGAGGACGAGGAAGAAGAGGAGGAGGACCCUGAACAACCUCUCGACGAUGAGCGUCUCCGAUCUAGUAUCCUGGCGGAGCAACGGCUCUGCGAGCUGACCGGAAAGAUCGUUCUUGCUAUUGUAGGCCGCAUCCUUGACGCAUCUGGCUCCGAUCAGGGCCAGUUGAGGAAGAGACUCCUCCAACACAAGGCCAAGCUAGGCCGGAAUUACCGUGAGGUCCUGGCCUUCCUCGAGAAUCGCAAGCCCAAGAGCGCCGCCUCGCGAGCCACUCCUGCCCAUUCCAGGGCGAAGCAGCCCGCUGCUUCUCAGCCCACAAACGAUAAGUCUCGCAACGGCGGCGGUGGCGUCAUCACCGCAAACAACAACCAGCGCAAGGAUACCCACAAAUCCGCCGAGAGGAUAGAAGACGAUGACGAUGAAGAAGAAGUGGAUGUUGAAGAGGAAGAAGAAGAAGAAGAAGAAGAAGAAGAGGUAGAAGAGGAGGCACACGAGGGCGGCGAAGAGGAUGGAGAGGAAGACCUCCGAGCUAGAGGACUCGUUGAGGAAGAGAACAUCGACCUUGAUCAAGGCGAGGCCGUGGACCAGGACCCGGCCUCCCCGGAGUCGGACGACGAGGACGAAGUCAUGGGUGAUUAGUUUGGUUGUGACGUUUUCUUUUCGUGUGUUUUAUAUUCCAAUGUUUAUUACCUGCUUUGAGGAAGGGAAGUUAGGAGGCAAAAUCUACGGUGUUGUUUGUUUUGAGUUCUUUGAAGCCCGGCUUUUGUAUGGUAGGUUGAUAUCUCUACUUUAGAAUUGAC